GUGUUCGUCUUUAACGAUGACUAUUGGCUCGCGACUCCCACUGAACACAAGUGGACCCUCCUCGGACGCAGUGUGGAGCAGCAGCCAGGAUGAUCCCAGUGGGGGAAUUCAGAAACUUCGGGGCGGAGCAGAGCUCCAAGUAUCGGGUCCUGAAACCGUGGUGGGAUGUCUUCUCGGAGUACCUGUGCGUUGCCAUGCUGAUGAUUGGUGUCUUCGGCUGCACCUUGCAGCUUACCCAAGACAAGAUAUCCUGCCUCCCCAGCCCCUUCACCAGCAAAACGCCGGAAGCAAUCGACUGCAGCUACAUCCGUACCUACAGGGACAACGAGACGUCGCAGGACAAAGUGGACCCACCUGCGAAGCCUGAAAUCAGGGAAGUCUUUGGUCGCAAGAACAACCUGGACAUCCCCCAGUAUGUGUUUGUCAACCACUAUUGCUACGAGAAGUAUGUCCACUGGUUCGCAAAGUUCUUCCCGUACCUGGUUGUGAUCCACACUAUGAUCUUCAUGGUAGCAAGCAGCUUCUGGUUCAAGUUCCCCGGGACGUCUUCUAAACUUGACCUGUUCGUCACCAUCCUGGGGAAGUGCUUUGAUUCUCCCUGGACCACGAGGGCCCUCAGUGAGGUGUCCGAGGAAAGAGGAGAGGAGAAGAUGGUGAGUUGGAGGAGGAACACCAUGUCCAAAGACUCCACGGAUCGACGAGCGGAAAACGAGGAGACAUCGGGACUGCUUUUUCGCUCCUCCUCUGUCAAGUCGAACCCGGAAAAAAAAAACCCGGAGAUUCAGUCGGCCCCCUCCGUCUUGGACAAGAAGGAGGGGGAGCAGGCCAAAGCUCUGUUUGAAAAGGUGAAGAAGUUCAGAACUCACGUCGAGGAAGCGGACCUCUUGUACGUCAUGUACGUGCUACAAACGUCACUGAAAGUCUUCAAGUUCCUUGUAAUCAUCGUCUACACCGCGGUGCUGGUACCGAACAUAGAGAUCAUAGUGCGCUGUUACAUCCCUCCGGAGCUGACUGGUUUCGAUAUCUAUUGCUGUAAUCACAACAAAGCCCAUCUUUUCUCCAAGCUGGCCUACUGCUACAUCUGCUUCGUGGGAGUUUACGGGAUUCUGUGCAUCUACACCCUCUACUGGCAGUUUCACAGACCUCUGAAGGAGUACUCCUUCGAGCAGGUCCGACUGGAGACGGGCAUCAACGACAUACCGGAUGUGAAGAACGACUUUGCGUUCCUCCUGCACCUUGUAGACCAAUACGACGCUCUGUACUCUAAGAGGUUUGCCGUCUUCCUUUCCGAGGUCAGCGAGAGCCACCUGCAUCAGCUCAACCUCAACUACGUGUGGACCGCCGAAAAGCUGCGGAGCCGCCUCGCCAGCAACGCCAGGAACCGGUUGGAGCUGCACCUUUCAAUGCUGCCGGGGCUCCCCGACACUGUCUUUGAGAUUGUCGAAGUGGAAUCACUUAAACUGGAGCAGGUAAAAAAUGUCACCAUCCCAGCGAGUGUAGCAAAGCUGGACUCUCUUCGGGAGCUGUCGCUGGUCUUCUGCCCCGCGAAGCUGCAGCUUUCUGCCCUGAACCACUUCAAGGCACACUUGAAGGUCCUGUGUCUAGAUUUUGAAAGUUUGGAAGAUGUGCCUAUGUGGAUGUACAGCCUGCACAGCUUGGAGGAAUUGCAUCUGAGUGGUCCUUUAGCCAAUGACGUGUCCAAAAGUGCCACCCUGGACUCUCUUCGAGCGCUUACAGCUCUGAGAGUCCUCUGCCUCCGCUCUAACCUCACUAAGAUCCCACCCAGCGUGGUGGAUGUGGCGUUGCAGCUGCAGCGGUUGUGUAUCCACAACGACGGCGUCAAGCUCCAGGCUUUUAGCAGCCUGAAAAAGCUAAGCAGCUUAGUCUUGCUGGAGCUGGUGGGAUGCGAGCUGGAGCGCAUCCCGAGUGCCGUCUUCAGCCUGAACAACCUGCAGGAGCUGGACCUGAAGGACAACAAACUCAGCACUGUGGAGGAGAUCCUCAGCUUGCAGCACUGCCACCGAUUGGUGACACUAAAACUGUGGAACAACAAAAUCACUUACAUCCCCGAUCACAUCAGUAAGCUGCACACCCUGGAGACGCUGGACGUUAGCUGGAACAAGCUACGGAAGCUGCCCUCUCGCCUGUUUUAUUGCACCAAACUCAGGCACCUCGAUGUCUCCCACAACCAGCUCACCUCCCUUCCUCCUGAGGUGGGCAUCCUGCAGGGCCUCCAGUUCUUCUCCGCUGCGUUCAACUCCCUGGAGUCGCUGCCGGACGAGCUCUUCUCCUGUAAAAGGAUAAAGACGUUGGCGCUCGGAAACAACUGCCUGUCAGAUCUCAGCCACAGAGUCGCCAACCUGUCCCAGUUGGUCCGGCUGGAGGUCAAAGGGAACCGUCUGGAGUCUCUGCCGGUGGAGAUAGGGGACUGUCCCCUGCUGAAUCUCAACGGACUGAUCGUGGAAGAAAACCUGAUGGAUCUGUUGCCAUCAGAUGUACGCAGCCGGUUGACUAAUCGCUGAGUUUGUGGAGCGACGGACUGCUGCUGUAUCAUCUUCUCUUUGUGUACAGUGAUCCAUGGAGAUAUUCAUUUGUGCCACAAGGUUGAAUGUAUCAUAUAAAACAGCAUGAAAAGGGAAUCCAUAAUUAUGACUGCAGGACCACCAAAAGAGAGUCAAACCCUAGAACUCUUGAACCAUAACAAUGGCUAUUUUUAUACUGUUGAAACAAUCACGGGCUUAACACAAAUAAAACCUUGUCUG